AUGCCUCCAUCCUCACCGCAGAAUGCGCCCGCCGAUGCCGCAACUAAACCGGAUCAACCCAAGCCCAGGCGCUUUGCACCUGAGCCCAUAGAAACAACCACCAAAUCCUCGAAAUCGGCUCGUAGACAUUCGCCGGAGAAGCAGGAUGCUCCCAAGGCCAGGCGUUUUGCUCCGGAACCGAUCGAGACGACCACGAAAUCUUCCCGCAAGAAUCCCGAAAGCACGCAGGAUAACAAAUCCAAACCCCGUCGUUUCGCCCCGGAGCCGAUUGAGACUACCCACAAGAGCAGCAAGGGCAGGUCAGACGAGAAGAGUUCGUCCUCGCACAUACGUUUCAAGCCGCAGCUGGUAGAAACGCAAUAUGGAGGCAACAGGAAGCCUAGCAGGCAAACUAGUAUGGAGUCCGAUGCGUCGACUGUUGCGUCUGAAGAUGCCACGCCCAGGAAAUUCACACCCGUAGUGCUGUCGACAGCCAAAAGAUCCCGUAGGGUGGGAGAUUCCAACGCGGUCAACUACCAGGAUUACAAGACGGAAGAAGGGCACACGAUUCAUGCUCGUGAGCAUCAGAAACACGCAGGCUGGAAGACGCCGGAUUUUAGGGAAUCUAAAACUGAGGCGAAUGACCACGCCCACAAUGUCUCAGAUGCUGGUCACGAGUUGAUACCGCCAGACAUGAAGCGGCCGGUUUCUCCUUUGGAUGGAAGUGCUCCUCCGAGGCCGGCAGCGUUGAAUGCCACUCGCAGCCAUUCUUUCCGCUUGCCAGACCUUGAUACGAUUGAGAGCUCUGAAAGCGAGCGUGAAUCUGGUCCCUCGUCAAUGUCCUGUAGUCCAGGCCAGGGAUCACCAAUCACCGCUUCAGAUUCGUCCUUCAACGAGUUCUACAAACACGCCACUCGCAUUCGGGAAAGUGUCGACGAGAACUUCAGUAACUACUUCUUGCAGCUGGAGGCGAGGAAGGCCGAGCAGAGACUUCAAGAACAAGCUCUUGCGGCCUUCCCCAACUCUGACUUCCACGAGCCUGUCCAGCAUUACGUUAACGACGAUCAGGACAGUCUGGACGAUGAGAUUGAAGAUCGCCCAGUGACCUGGGAAGGCUUCGACGAAGAAGAGUAUCUCGUGAAAAUCAGGCGUGAAAGCACCAAAGAGCCAUGGGAACAACUGGAGAUGCAGCGGCACGCCGAGAAGAUGGAACAGGAACGCAACGCGAAUAAAGUGACUGCCAAAAAGGAGUCACAUUCGCCGUGGUGGAACCCGGAUGCCGCUCCCAGCAUCCAUCAGCCGGACAAUGAGAUGCGGUCGAUGCGUGAUCGUGCCCGUCCACCAAUGCUCGGACGUGACCUGGUGUUCCCAAGGUGUCCGUCACCUGAGCCGGCUCGCUUUGAUGUCACGCAGGGGUCGGAUAAGCUUCGACAGCAGAUGUGUUAUUUGAAUGAGCAGUCUCAGUCUGCGCAGGUCAACGAAGACGAAGGUGGACUCUGGAAUGCUGCGCCUAAGAACGCAGUACAGAGCACAGCAUCUUCCAUCUCAAGCCCCUCCAAAGGCGCUGCUGGGAAGGGUCUUUGGGGUGGAUGCUGUAUCGGCGGCGAAGAACAGCAAUCCACCAACAACGGCCUCAUGCCGCCCUCCGGCCCUACAGGCCUGAUGACCCCCGCGCCUCGAACCGACAGCAGCAACCCCUUCGAACAGUCCUUCGCCGCAGGCGGCGCCGUCGUCCACACCUCCCUCGCCGCCAUCACCACCCCACCCUCACCCCCGGCAAGCCUCAAAGGCGCCGACAUCGCGCACCUCGACGCCGUCCUCGUCUCCGAACGCGACUUCGACGAGAUGUUCUCCCGCGAAUACCCCGACGCCUUCGUCACCCAAGUCUUCAACUACCUCUCCCUGGGCUACCCGUCCCUCGCGCGCCCCUUCGACGACGAGCUCUCCAAAAUCUCCCGCAUCCCCGUCCCGGAACUCCGCCAGGACGAUGUCAAGGCGAAGCAGAGCCCGAGGGGAUAUAUCCGGCUCGGACAGGAUUUCGAGGGCGGCGGCGGCGAGGGGAUUUCCGAGGAUAGUUGUGUGCGGUGGCAGGCGUUGAAGCUUUAUAUCAGGGAGUGGGCGCGGCAGGAGAAGAACAUGGUUAGGGUAGAUGCGCCGGGGGGGAAUUGGGCGACGACGAAUCGGAGGGGGAGUUGGGCGAUUUAA